GUUCAUGUGGCAGAGCCGAAUCACACAUUUUCUAUUGGCCGAUGUAGUCCAGACAAACAGCAAAUUUGACGUAAUCAACUGUUAUGUUGACUAUAAACAGAUUAAGAUUGUAUAUAUUGACACACAACAUCUUAGCGAUCAAUAAUUGUUGUUUAUUUGACAUUAUUUACCACACUAAUGAAUAAUUUCAGAUUGCGCAUUGAUAUUUACCAUUUCCGUCGGUGAUUCGACCUUCCUUUCCGUGCCGGUGUCCGCCAUUACUGCUAUGUUGUAGAUUACAUAGAGCAAUUACUGUGGCGGUGCACGACUGAGGUUAUUCACCAAAUCGCCUAGUAUUAUUUUAACUGAGGAUAUUUGAAGAACUAGCAGCGGCAAUAUGACGCAGAUUCUUCCCAUCCGAUUCCAGGAGCAUAUACAGCUCCAGAAUGUUGGAAUCAACGCAGCCAACAUUGGGUUUAGUACACUGACCAUGGAAUCGGAUAAGUUCAUUUGUAUUAGAGAGAAAGUAGGUGACCAAGCGCAAGUCGUUAUCAUUGAUCUGGCCGAUGCACAGAACCCUAUUAGAAGACCAAUAUCUGCAGAUUCUGCUAUCAUGAACCCUGCUAGUAAAGUUAUAGCACUCAAAGACCUUGAAUGCAGUGAAGAACUAGGUGAUUUGGUGAAACAAAGCGACCCAACUUUGGCUCUAUCUGUGUACCUCAGAGCUAAUGUUCCCAAUAAGGCAGCUAAGAUUGCUGCUAACGCUCCAAAGGGUAUCCUGCGAACACCUCAAACUAUUCAAAGGUUUCAACAAGUGCCAGCACAGCCUGGUCAGACGUCACCAUUGUUACAAUACUUUGGUAUUCUUUUGGAUCAAGGUCAACUCAACAAAUAUGAAUCAUUAGAACUGUGUCGUCCUGUACUGCAGCAGGGUAGAAAACAGCUGCUGGAGAAAUGGCUCAAAGAAGAUAAGGUAUGUUAUUUCACAGUAAAACUUUAACCACUACGUUGUUCCACAGUCUUACGAUGGUGAUUUGGUGAACAAAGCGACCCAACUUUGGCUCUAUCUGUGUACCUCAGAGCUAAUGUUCCCAAUAAGGUAAUCCAAUGUUUUGCAGAGACUGGUCAGUUCCAGAAGAUUGUAUUGUAUGCCAAAAAAGUUGGAUAUACUCCAGACUAUGUCUUCUUACUUCGUAAUGUGAUGCGUGUGAAUCCAGAGCAAGGUGCAGGCUUUGCACAGAUGUUGGUUGCUGAUGAAGAACCACUAUCUGACAUCAAUCUGAUUGUUGAUGUAUUCAUGGAGCAGAAUAUGGUGCAGCAAUGUACAUCAUUCUUACUAGACGCAUUAAAAAACAACCGUCCCUCCGAGGGCCACUUACAGACCCGACUGCUUGAAAUGAAUCUGAUGUCUGCACCACAAGUAGCUGAUGCCAUAUUAGGCAAUCAGAUGUUUACUCAUUACGAUCGUGCUCACAUCGCUCAGCUCUGUGAGAAAGCUGGUUUAUUACAGCGUGCUUUGGAACAUUAUACCGACUUGUAUGAUAUCAAGAGAGCUGUAGUUCAUACUCACUUACUCAACCCUGAGUGGUUGGUGAACUACUUUGGUUCCUUGUCCGUGGAUGAUUCCCUGGAAUGUUUAAAAGCCAUGCUUCAGGCCAACAUUCGUCAGAACUUACAAAUCUGCGUGCAAGUUGCCACAAAAUACCAUGAACAACUGAGUACCACAUCACUUAUUGAACUUUUUGAGUCUUUCAAGAGUUAUGAAGGUCUGUUCUAUUUCUUGGGAUCUAUAGUGAAUUUUAGUCAAGAUGCCGAUGUACAUUUUAAAUAUAUUCAGUCUGCAUGCAAGACUGGUCAAAUAAAGGAAGUGGAACGUAUUUGCCGAGAGAGUAACUGCUAUGAUCCAGAGAGGGUGAAGAAUUUCCUGAAAGAAGCCAAGCUAACAGAUCAGCUGCCAUUGAUUAUUGUUUGUGAUCGUUUUGAUUUUGUUCAUGAUCUGGUGCUCUAUUUAUACCGUAACAAUCUGCAAAAGUAUAUUGAGAUUUAUGUACAAAAGGUUAAUCCUUCUCGAUUACCUGUGGUUAUUGGUGGUCUAUUAGACGUAGAUUGUUCUGAGGAUGUGAUCAAAAGUCUUAUCAUGGUGGUAAGAGGGCAGUUCUCUACUGAUGAACUUGUAGAAGAAGUUGAAACAAGAAACAGAAUGAAGUUAUUACUACCAUGGUUGGAAGCCCGUAUCCAUGACGGAUGUGAAGAACCCGCUACACAUAAUGCUUUAGCGAAAAUCUAUAUAGACAGCAAUAAUAAUCCUGAACGAUUUCUCAAGGAAAAUCAGUUUUAUGACAGCAAAGUUGUUGGAAAAUACUGUGAAAAGCGUGACCCCCAUCUGGCUUGUGUUGCUUACGAGAGAGGGCAGUGUGACCGGGAGCUGAUUAACGUUUGCAACGAGAACUCGUUAUUUAAGAGUGAAGCAAGGUACCUUGUAAGAAGGCGUGAUCCCGAAUUAUGGGCUGAAGUACUCAAUGAAAGUAAUAAGUUUAAAAGACAACUGAUUGAUCAGGUUGUACAGACAGCAUUAUCUGAAACACAAGACCCAGAUGAUAUAUCAGUUACUGUGAAAGCUUUCAUGACAGCAGAUUUACCAAAUGAACUUAUUGAAUUAUUAGAGAAGAUCGUAUUGGAAAGUUCUGUUUUCAGUGAUCAUAGGAACCUUCAGAAUUUGUUGAUAUUAACAGCUAUUAAAGCUGACCGUACACGUGUUAUGGAGUACAUUAAUCGGUUAGAUAACUACGAUGCACCAGAUAUUGCCAAUAUUGCAAUUGGUAGUGAACUUUAUGAAGAAGCUUUCGCGAUCUUCAAAAAAUUUGAUGUCAACACCUCUGCUGUUCAGGUACUUAUAGAACAUGUCAAGAAUCUAGACCGUGCAUACGAGUUUGCCGAGAGAUGCAAUGAACCUGCAGUAUGGAGUCAGUUAGCAAGAGCACAGUUGAAUGAAGGAAUGGUAAAGGAAGCUAUAGAUUCCUACAUUAAAGCAAAUGAUCCAUCAACGUACAUGGAAGUGGUGGAUGCCGCCCACAAGUAUGGUAACUGGGAGGACUUGGUGAAAUACUUACAAAUGGCAAGGAAGAAGGCCCGUGAUUCAUACGUGGAAACGGAACUUAUAUUUGCCUUUGCCAAGACGAAUCGUUUAGCCGAAUUAGAAGAAUUUAUAUCUGGACCAAACCAUGCACAGAUACAGCAGGUUGGAGAUCGCUGUUACGAUGACAAAAUGUAUGAUGCUGCUAAACUGCUGUACAACAAUGUUUCUAAUUUUGGGCGUUUAGCUUCCACCUUAGUACAUCUUGGGGAGUAUCAAGCAGCGGUUGACAGUGCUAGGAAAGCUAACAGUACAAGAACAUGGAAAGAGGUGUGCUUUGCGUGUGUAGAUGGUGAGGAAUUCCGUCUAGCUCAAAUGUGUGGUCUUCAUAUUGUCGUACAUGCUGAUGAAUUAGAAGAACUUAUUAACUACUACCAAGAUAGGGGAUACUUUGAGGAACUUAUUGCCUUACUUGAAGCAGCUUUAGGUUUGGAACGUGCCCACAUGGGAAUGUUUACAGAACUAGCCAUCCUGUAUUCCAGAUAUAAACCACAGAAGAUGAGAGAACAUUUAGAAUUAUUCUGGUCAAGAGUUAAUAUUCCAAAGGUACUACGUGCUGCCGAGCAAGCUCAUCUCUGGUCUGAAUUGGUAUUCCUUUAUGAUAAAUACGAGGAAUACGAUAACGCAAUAGUCACAAUGAUGGCACAUCCCACUGAUGCAUGGAGAGAAAGUCAUUUUAAAGAUAUUAUUGCAAAGGUUGCAAACAUUGAGCUGUAUUACAAAUCUAUUCACUUCUACCUGGACUACAAACCCAUGCUGCUUAACGAUUUACUCUUAGUUCUUAUACCGCGUAUGGAUCACACCAGGGCUGUGUCGUUAUUCACCAAAGUUAAUCAGCUGCCAUUAGUUAAACCAUACAUCCGUCAAGUACAAAGUCAUAACAAUAAAGCUAUCAACGAUGCAUUAAACAACCUUCUGAUUGACGAAGAGGACUACCAAGGUCUUAAAGCCUCCAUUGAUGCCUUUGACAAUUUUGAUAAUAUUGCACUUGCCCAGAGGUUAGAAAAACACGAGUUGUUGGAGUUCCGACGAAUUGCUGCAUACUUGUACAAACGCAAUAACCGAUGGAAGCAGUCUGUAGAACUCUGCAAACGGGAUAGGCUUUUCAAGGAUGCAAUGAUUUACGCAGCGGAAUCACGAGAUACAGACUUAUGUGAGGAAUUACUUAGUUGGUUCUUAGAAGGCAAGAAUUAUGAAUGCUUUGCUGCAUCCUUGUUCUCAUGUUAUGAUCUUUUAAGACCUGAUGUCAUCUUAGAGUUGGCAUGGAGACAUAAAAUCAUGGACUUUGCUAUGCCCUAUAUGGUACAAGUAAUGAGGGAGUAUUUAACAAAGGUGGAUAAAUUAACUGAGUCAGAAAGUAUCAGGAAAGAAGAAGCAGAGGCCCAAGAAACGCAGCCCAUAGUUUACAGUGAACCUCAACUAAUGAUCACUGGAGGUGGCCCAGCCAUGGGAAUGCCCCCACAGAUGGGAAUGCCACCACAGGCAGGAAUGCCACCACAGGCUGCAAUGGGCAUGCCUCCCCAAGCGAUGAUGGGCCAACCGCCGCAGCCAGGGUUUGGCUAUGGAAUGUAGUCUACAAUGUUUAUUAAAUAGGAAAAAGGACAGGAAAAUUUGGUCAUACGUGUUAAGAUCGGGUUGCUGGGAUCUGUCUCUAUUUGUAGGGGGUGGCACUAUUUUAGCGCGUACUAUUUGUGUUUAUAUUGGUUUUCUCGGAUGUGCAAAUAUAAGACUUGUCGCUAUGUAAUGAACUGUAAGAAUUAUGUCCUGCAUGUUUGCAAUACAAAUUGAAUGAAACUUGUGGUUGAUUGAUUUCUAUCCAAAUCAAUGUUUAAAUGCUUGUAAGAUUGGUGUGAUUUGUUUUUAUUGUUCAGUCUUUUAUCUUCUUUCUGGCCAAGUUUUUCAUUCAUUAAAGAUAAGUAGUGACAUUUAGCGAGACUCACUUGAAAAAUUGCAUGGCAUUUGUGUUAGUUGCAUUUUUUACUUGACAUAGUGCUGAGGUAAGUAUCUAUCCACUAUUUGCCCACACGUUAGUUCAAUUUAGUUGCUGUACCAACGCAAAUAAUGCUUUUUUUUUGCCAACAAUGCUUAUUGAUUUGGCACACUUACAGCCAUAGUGGACAAUGUACAUGCAUAUGCGUGUUUAUAAUUUCUUAGUAUAUUCUCGGUCCUGUAUAAAGUGACAAAUUCCUGUCCGUUUGUUUCUAUCAAUGAACAAAGAACGUACAAGGCACACGCGGAUGCGCUUGUUGGCAAGGGAUCAUUGUCUUUUAGAACACCAGAUUAAUUUAUUGGAGUCCACCAGCAUUUAAGCACGUAAAUUGUAUUCUUCAGUUUUCAAUUUAACUACUAAAAAAUAUAUUUGACAUUGUAAAAGAAAAAACAUACCUACCAUAUGGACAUGUUUUUUUCAGAUUUUAGUAUUUCAUUGUAUGAAUGUGCUUUUGUUAGUUUAACAUGUGAUAGCAUACUAUUAUGAAUCAAUGAGGUGUUAGAUAGCUCUUGGCGACCUUUGCGGUAAAGUAGUAAAACAUGGUGUUGAUUGAAAUGCACUGUAUAUUUAUCAGCAGUAUAUGUCUAUUAUGGUAUAUCAUAAAUCAUUUGUGUAAUUCCUUGUAUACAAAAUGUAGAAUUAUUCCACGUUUAUGAAAAUUAAUAAAACAACAUGUCAGUGGUAA